ACGAGCCGGACUCAUCCUGCAGCAGCUGAUCAUCCUCCGGACCUCCGCCGCCUCUCCUCACCGGGUGUCAGCCACAGUCAGCCCACCAUGGCGUCCAGGAGCUUCUUCGUGGGAGGAAACUGGAAGAUGAACGGGAACAAGGAGAGUCUCGGGGAGCUGAUCACGACCCUGAACACCGCCAGCCUGCACGACCAGACCGAGGUGGUGUGUGCUGCUCCCUCCAUCUACCUGGACUUUGCUCGGUCCAGUCUGGAUCCCAGGAUCGGUGUCGCAGCCCAGAACUGCUACAAAGUGGCCAAGGGAGCGUUUACAGGGGAGAUCAGCCCGGCUAUGAUAAAGGACUGUGGAGCAGACUGGGUGAUCCUGGGACACUCGGAGCGCCGUCAUGUGUUCGGGGAAAGUGACGAGCUGAUUGGCCAGAAGGUGGCUCACGCCCUGGAGAGCGGUCUAGGUGUGAUUGCCUGCAUCGGAGAGAAGCUGGAGGAGCGGGAGGCAGGCACCACAGAAGAAGUCGUAUAUGCUCAGACACAGGUCAUUGCAGAGAAUGUGAAGGACUGGGGGAAAGUGGUGCUGGCAUAUGAACCUGUGUGGGCCAUCGGCACAGGAAAGACAGCCACACCUGAACAGGCUCAGGAGGUCCAUGAGAAGCUGCGGUCGUGGCUGAGAGCCAACGUCUCCGACGACGUGGCCGACUCUUUGCGCAUCAUCUACGGAGGUUCCGUGACGGGAGCUAACUGCAGAGAGCUGGCGUCUCAGGCCGACGUGGACGGAUUCCUGGUUGGCGGAGCUUCUCUGAAACCAGAGUUUGUUGACAUCAUCAACGCGCGUGCGUAACAGACGCGAACGACGGCUCCAGCAUGACCGAUGAAAAACACUUUGCCCUUUAGAUCAUCAUGUGUCACUGUGUGUCUGCAGCCUGGGCUGACUGCUGAUGUUAGAACUCACUCUAAGUAAAUAUACUUUUACUAAAUGUUCUUUUUUUGUCUUGUUGUUUUGUCAUUCGUGGGAAUUUAACCGUUUUAUUUGUCAGACCAGGUGGUUUUAUGUGUUUGUUAACAGACUGAAAACACUGUUGUAAUGUUGUAUCACUGAUGUAGUCUGUGUCACAUAACUGCACUAACACUAACACUAACUGUUACUCCAGGCUCCACAACAAUAAAAGCUCUGGACAGAAUGUACUUAAAAAUUAUAUCUUUCUGCUGUUAUUCAGUGUUGAAGAGUCAGGGACUUUUAUUGUGAAGUUGUCACAGUGGGCACUAACACUUCACUUUGCUGCUGUAAGUUUAACAUGGGCUGAUGGAUUCUCAUCGGAUUAAUGAGGGGAUCAGGAGGAAGUAAAUAA